GGUUUAAACCGGCCCGAUAGAUUAAGAGCUUAACUAUCCCGGCAAAGGCUUCCUUAAGCCUCUACUUAGAAGGUCAUGCCUCAGCUGCGCUAGCUGACACUGACAGGCAGCCUGCACCACACAGCUAGCCUUUAGCACCAGUUUCAUUCAUCUAACCCUAACUACUGCAAACAUGCAGGAGUGGGCGAACCAGCUAUGCGAGAAUCGACAAUUUGGAUCCAAAAUGACAGACUCCAAGUACUUCACCACCACCAAGAAAGGGGAGAUCUUUGAGCUCAAGGCAGAGCUGAACAGUGAUAAGAAAGAGAAGAAGAAAGAGGCUGUAAAGAAGGUCAUUGCAUCUAUGACAGUUGGCAAGGAUGUCAGCGCUCUGUUCCCAGAUGUUGUGAACUGCAUGCAGACGGACAACCUGGAACUGAAAAAGCUGGUCUACCUCUACCUGAUGAACUAUGCAAAGAGUCAGCCAGACAUGGCUAUCAUGGCUGUUAACACCUUUGUGAAGGACUGUGAAGACCCCAACCCUCUCAUCCGGGCCCUUGCUGUUCGUACAAUGGGCUGCAUCCGUGUGGACAAGAUCACUGAGUACCUCUGUGAGCCACUGAGGAAAUGUCUGAAGGACGAAGACCCAUAUGUGAGGAAGACAGCUGCUGUAUGUGUAGCAAAGCUCCAUGAUAUCAACGCCCAGUUGGUGGAGGACCAAGGCUUCCUGGACACCCUUAAAGAUCUCAUCUCUGACUCCAACCCCAUGGUUGUAGCAAAUGCAGUGGCAGCGCUGUCUGAGAUAGCAGAGUCCCAUCCAAAUAGUAAUCUACUGGACCUCAACCCUCAGACCAUCAACAAGUUGCUGACAGCUUUAAAUGAGUGUACAGAGUGGGGACAGAUAUUCAUUCUUGACUGCCUGGCCAAUUACACACCACGUGAUGAUCGUGAGUCCCAAAGCAUCUGUGAGCGUGUGACUCCACGGCUUUCCCAUGCCAACUCUGCAGUGGUGUUGUCAGCAGUUAAAGUUUUAAUGAAGUUCAUGGAGAUGCUGCCCAAAGACCUGGACUACUAUGGCACCCUGCUGAAGAAGCUCGCCCCUCCACUGGUCACUCUCCUCUCUGCUGAGCCCGAGUUGCAAUAUGUGGCGCUUAGAAACAUCAAUCUCAUCGUACAGAGACGCCCAGAGAUCCUGAAACACGAGAUGAAGGUUUUCUUUGUAAAGUACAAUGACCCAAUCUAUGUCAAACUGGAGAAGCUGGACAUCAUGAUUCGCCUAGCAUCUCAAGCCAACAUCGCCCAGGUGCUGGCUGAGCUGAAGGAGUAUGCCACUGAGGUGGAUGUGGACUUUGUCCGUAAAGCAGUCAGAGCCAUUGGCCGCUGUGCCAUCAAAGUAGAGCAAUCAGCAGAGCGUUGUGUCAGCACCCUGUUAGACCUCAUCCAGACCAAGGUCAACUAUGUGGUGCAGGAGGCCAUUGUGGUCAUCAAGGACAUCUUCCGCAAGUACCCCAACAAGUAUGAGAGUGUGAUUGCUACUCUGUGUGAAAACCUGGACUCUCUGGAUGAACCAGAGGCACGUGCCGCUAUGAUCUGGAUUGUGGGAGAGUAUGCUGAGCGCAUUGACAACGCUGAUGAGCUGCUGGAGAGCUUUUUGGAGGGUUUCCACGAUGAAAGCACCCAGGUACAGUUGCAGCUACUGACGGCAAUCGUCAAGUUGUUCCUGAAAAAGCCCACUGAGACCCAGGAGCUCGUGCAGCAGGUGCUAAGCCUCGCCACACAGGAUUCUGAUAACCCAGACCUCAGGGACCGCGGCUACAUCUACUGGCGUCUGCUCUCUACAGACCCUGUGGCUGCCAAAGAAGUGGUUCUGGCUGAGAAGCCCCUGAUCUCUGAGGAAACAGAUCUAAUUGAGCCCACACUGCUGGAGGAGCUCAUCUGCCACAUUGGUACUCUGGCCUCUGUCUACCACAAGCCACCAAGUGCCUUUGUUGAGGGCAGCCGUGGUGUUCAACACAAGAGACUCCCUGGAAGUGCUGGAUCUGGGGAGAGUGUUGAGAGCCCAGACACAGGUUCUGCUGCUGGAGUUUCUGAGGCACCCCCGGCUGUCAUCCCAUCCCAAGGAGACCUCCUGGGUGAUCUGCUCAAUCUGGACCUGACACCUCCUACCACCACAGGACCACCACCCCCCUCCUCUGGCAUGCAGAUGGGUGCUAUGGACCUUCUUGGAGGAGGACUGGACAGCCUGCUUGGCGGAGACCUCGGAGGAAGUCCUGCUAUGGGGGCUGGUUUUGGUGCUCCUCCAGCUGCAAUGCCAGCCUCUUUCAAUGCCCCUGUUGGCGGCAAUCUGGAUGACCUGUUUGAUCUCGGGGGUGGAGUUGGUAUGCCUAUGGGGGCCUACAGCCCCCCUAAAACAGUAUGGCUCCCUGCCAUGAAGGCCAAGGGUCUCGAGAUAUCAGGCACUUUUGCCCGCCGUGCUGGAGUCAUCCAAAUGGAGAUGACCCUUACUAAUAAAGCUAUGAGUGUCAUGACUGAUUUUGCCAUCCAGUUUAACAGAAACAGCUUUGGUCUCGCCCCGGCUGGUCCACUCCAGGUUCUCACUCCUCUUACCCCAAACCAGAGUAUUGAAGUGACCCUUCCCCUCAAUACUGUGGGACCUGUCAUGAAGAUGGAGCCUCUUAAUAACCUUCAGGUGGCUGUUAAGAACAACAUUGACGUAUUCUACUUCAGCUGCCAGUACCCCAUCAGCAUGUUGUUUGUAGAGGACGGGAAAAUGGAGCGACAGGUGUUCCUCGCCACAUGGAAAGACAUUCCUAAUGACAAUGAGUCCCAGUUUCAGAUCAAGGACUGCCAUCUCAACUCAGAUGUAGCGUCCAGCAAACUGCAGGGUAGCAACAUCUUCACCAUAGCCAAGCGUACAGUGGAGGGUCAGGACAUGCUUUAUCAGUCCAUGAAACUCACCAACGGCAUCUGGGUGCUGGCUGAGCUGAGGGUGCAGGCAGGAAACCCAAACUACACAGUCUCUCUGAAGUGCAGAGCUCCAGAGGUUUCCCAGUGUGUGUUCCAGAGCUACGAGGCGGUGUUGAAGAACUGAAAAACACCCCUACGUCGACCUGGCCGCUGCCCUCACAGACUCCUGGCACCCCUCUUGCCCUCCCUCACCUGACCCACGGACCAUAGUGCAACCUCAUGCAGUGCAGGAGCCACAACCUGCCGAGUUGGGCCUGGAGACUGCAUUCUGUAUGUCAUCCAGCUGUUUAAUUAGGAUUGGUUAAUCAUCUACUGUCUCAUUUUGAACCAUGUUUUUUUUUUUUUUUCCUUCCCCCUCUUCUAAGACUGCAGAGAUUUCUGGUUCACUUCCUUGGCUAGCCUUUGUGUGUUUGUUCACACUAUAAGUUUCACACCAUUAUCUUGUGAUAAAUUAUCUGAAUGAACACUUAGAGACUGAGCAGGCCCGCCACUUGUCCCUGUCUGAGCCAUCCUGUGACGACCUUUUAUUCUUUUGGGGACAGACGACUGUAUGACUUGUAUUGUCUGCAUGAAGCUCUUUAAUCAUUAUCUAGCCACACUUCUCUGCAAAUUGGAGUCUAUUUUUAGCAUCUGCAAUCAGCAGCUGAAUAAUGACUGUGGGCAUAUUUAUUUGGGGUACUUUCAAUUGAAAUGCGGCAGAAAAAGACUUUAACUCUCCUUACCCCUCUGGCUGUCUGAAGUGGAUACAAACUACAUUAUUGUUGUCUUUGUUGUUUUAUAAGUUUUCUUUAAUAUCUGUGGUCAGCAGUGGGUCCAGAUCCUCUGCUGUCCCCUGAAAGCAGAAUGUCUGACGCAUGGAAACAGUUUGCGUGUGGUCCUUUUUUUCAUUUUUACAUCAGUAUCUGGACAUUUUAUAGACUAGCAGCAGUUGUCCAUUGACUGCUCUCUUACUUAGUCAUUCCAUGGUUUAAUUUAUGUUUCAUAGUCUUGUUAGUGUACGUGUGGCAAACUGGGAGAGAGCCUCAGUUGUGGAGGAUUUUCUAUUUGCUGCUUCCCCCUGCGUUUGUGACAGUCACUCGGGCUCUCUCUGCCACUUUGCUCUUUCUUUAUUCUCUUUGCAGCUUUUCAAGUACCAUUGCCACCUGAGAUGAAGGCUCAGGUGAGAUAACUCUAAACUUGUGAUGUCUUGGUUUGUUAAACUUGUGAGUAGUAAGUAUACAUGUAGGUAGCACACUCUGUAUUACCUGAAACAAGGCUAGAGCAAUAUCCAGUGUUUAACAGGCAGACUCUACAGAUUAAUUGGAUUCCAUUUCCGAGUCAUUACACUGAAGCCCUUUUUAUUGGCUCUAUAGGAUGUAUGCACCGACGCUAACACCUUUUCCAGAUUACAACAGAGGUGGCUGUGCAUUCUGAGUGUGUGUCUGUGCGUGGUCACGGCUGAUUCAUAUGAAAUGCUGUUUAGGAAAAAGUGUUUAAUCAGAUGUUUUUGAUUGACAUGAUUUUGUUCAUUGUGUACAUCAUUUGAAAACAAACUAUUAAAGGUCUUGAUAAAUUCA